AAACCUCGGCCACACGCCCUAUUCUCGCGUCUUUUGGAUUCCUAAAAACCUCAUUCCACGCCCACGCUUAUUACAUCUCUAAUCAAUGGCCCUGCUUAGCCCCCAAAUUCAAAAAUCUCUGCUAACCAGACUCUACUCUAACUAUGCAUACACUAUAGGCACCAAAAAAAGCAUUAUAGUUAAGGGUAAUGGAGGGCGACGACGAACCGGGAGAUGCUGCUCCGCCAUUGCGAUCGAUUCCCCCGCUUCGGUUUCCGGCGUUUCCGGUGUCAGAUGGGGUUCGUCGCUGCUACAAGGCCCGCGGGAGGAGAUGGAAGACGCCGCCGUUAUAGUUCAGUCCGAUGAUCUUGGUGGCUUCUCUUAUGCUGCGGUUUUUGACGGCCAUGCUGGGUUUUCUUCCGCCAGAUUCCUCAGGGAGGAGCUAUAUCGAGAAUGUGUUAGAGCAUUGCAGGGUGGGUUGCUGUUGAAUGGAAAGGACCUGAAUGCAAUAAGUAAAGCACUACAAGACGCCUUUGAAACUGUUGAUGCAAAACUUGUGAAUUGGCUUGAGACAAGCGGGCAGGAAAUUGAAUCUGGAGCAACCGCUACAGUUAUAUUUGUUGGGAAAGACACACUUUUCAUAUCACAUCUUGGUGAUUCGUGCGUGGUUCUCUCACGGUCUGGGAAAGCAGAAGCAUUGACCAACUCUCACCGACCCUAUGGGAGUAACAAAGUUUCUCUAGAUGAAAUUAGACGAAUUAGGGAAGCAGGUGGAUGGAUUGUAAAUGGACGAAUCUGUGGAGAUAUUUCUGUAUCCCGUGCUUUUGGGGAUAUGCGAUUCAAGAACAAGAAGAAUGAGAUGCUGGAGAAGGGUGUCGAGGAAGGCAGGUGGUCUCAAAAGUUUGCUUCCCGGGUGACAUUUCGCGGUGACUUGGUUACUGCAUUUCCAGAUGUUUCUCAAGUUACUCUUGGAUCAGAUGCAGAAUUUCUAGUACUAGCAUCUGAUGGAUUGUGGGAUUACGUUAACAGCUCAGAUGCAGUUAAUUUGGUUAGGAAUCAACUUCGGGAACACGGGGAUGUUCAGAUAGCUUGCGAAGCCCUUGCCAGGAUGGCCCUGGAUUAUCAGCGAUCACAAGAUAACGUUAGCAUUAUCGUUGCUGAUUUGGGGCGGACAGAUUGGCGAACCUUGCCUGUGCAGCAGCAGAAUGUGUUCUUGGAAUUGGUUCAAGCUUUAGCUACGAUAGGGAUUGUGUCAGUUGGAAUAUGGAUGACAACCCAACUUUCCUUUUGAGCAUAAUGAUGUUGUGUGCUUAAAUUUGUAUAUAGUUAUCAGCUGAAAGCAACAAACAUAGAUCAUCUAAUGUUUGUAUAUUUGCCCUACAUUUUCACUUGCUCAUGUCAAUAUAAUAUUCAUAUUACUGUCU